AUGUCAGGAUGGGGACUCGGCUGGUUUGGCGGAGGAGCGGCAAAGAAGAAGGAUGCGCCCAAGAACGCCAUAUUACAGUUGAGAGGACAGCUAGAGAUGCUGUCGAAGCGAGAAAAGCACCUACAGAAUCAAAUGGAGGAGCAGGACAACAUUGCGCGGAAAUACGUCAGCUCGAAUAAGAAUGCCGCCAAACAAGCCCUCCGGCGCAAAAAGCAAUUCGAGCACUCCCUCGAGCAAACCAGCGCACAAAUAAUGACGCUAGAGCGCGAAAUCUACUCCAUCGAGACCGCCAACAUAAACAAGGAGACGCUCGACGCCAUGAAGAAUGCCUCCGCAGCCAUGAAGGAGAUCCACGGCGGGCUGACGAUCGACAAAGUGGACCAGACGAUGGAGGAGCUGCGCGAGCAGCACGCGAUCGGCGAGGAAAUCGGCGAGGCGAUUACGCAGCAGGUUGGCACGCAGGCGCUCGACGAUGCGGAGUUGGAGGAUGAGUUGGCGGAGCUCCAGCAGGAAGAGCUGGAUAAUAAGAUGUUGAGGACCGGGACCGUGCCCGUGGCGGAUGAGGUGCAUAGGCUGCCGGCGGUGGCGCAGGGAGAGCCGAAAGGCAAAGCGCCAGCAAGGGCGGAAGAAGAGGACGAAGAGGAGGAGCUGCGGAAGCUGCAGGCCGAGAUGGCCAUGUGA